CCCCCACGAGAUAGUGAAUAAGACGAUAGGACUCUUUACUUCAUAUGUGUGUAUUAGCCUUCUUAUCAAUAAAUUAGGGUUACGUCGCGAAUCACGUUCAGAUCUCAUCUUCUCCGCUCUCUCUCUCUGUGUGUUGUAGAAGAAGAUGUCAGAAGAGGUGGAGUACCGCUGCUUCAUUGGUGGCCUUGCGUGGUCAACGUCUGAUCGUGGCCUCAGAGAUGCCUUUGAGAAGUAUGGUCACCUCCUUGAGGCCAAGGUGGUGCUUGACAAGUUUUCUGGCCGUUCCCGUGGUUUUGGGUUCAUCACUUUUGAUGAGAAGAAAGCUAUGGACGAAGCUAUUGCUGCCAUGAAUGGGAUGGAUUUGGAUGGGCGGACUAUUACUGUUGAUAAAGCUCAGCCGCUUCAGGGUGGGUCUGGCAGGGAUCAUGAUGGUGGUGACCGCAGCCGUGAUCGUGGGUAUGACCGUGACCGUAGCCGUCCAUCUGGUGGGCGAGGAGGUUCAGGUGGUGGGGAUUGCUUUAAAUGUGGCAAGCCUGGACAUUUUGCAAGGGAGUGUCCUGAUGAAUCCGGUAGAGGUGGUGGGGGAAGGUACAGCUCGAGGGAUGAUAGGUACGGUGCCAAGGAUGAUAGGUACGGUGCCAAGGAUGAUAGGUACAGCUCAAAGGACGAUAGGUACAGUGCAAAGGAUGACAGGUAUGGUGAUAAGGAAGAUAGGUACGGUAGGGAUGGUGGUAGAGAUGGUGGUAGGGAUCGCUAUGGACCUGAUCGCAAUGGCGACCGCUCUGGAGGACGUAGCAGGGAUGGUGGCAGCCGUGGAGGUCCAGGAGGGGAGAGGCACAGUCGUGCUCCAUAUGAUCGCCCCAGAGCUGGAGGCUUUCACUAGAAUUCUACUCCAAAGGGCUAUUCACAUCUUAUUCUGCAGUGAAAGAAGUGAAGGUUUUCUGCUUUCGGAUCUCUUGUCACGUACGGUGUUAAAAGUUGCGAUGGAUGGUGUCUGUUUUCUUCGAUGUAUUUGGAAAGCUCAAGAAAGAAGAUGUGUCUCUGUUUUUGCUAAAACUCAAGAGUCGGCUAUGUUCUUUAAAGUGCUCUCCUUUUGAUAUGUUGGUCCUUAUGGAAACUUGUGCUUGGUUGGUUUGAGACAAUUUAAGAUGUGCUACUUUAUGCUUAUCGUAAUGAACGACCAUAUUUGCAAAA